CGUGCGGCGCCGCCUCAGCGCGGAGUGGGGCGUGGGCGCCCCGAGAGCCGCGCCGGGAGACCCGCGGAGCGCGGCGGGAGCCCGCCGGGGGAAGGAGCGGGCGCGGCCCAGACUAAUAUUAAAAUUGAAAAUUUGUAUCUUUUGCUGGAUAUUGGAAGUUGAAUGUAAUGGCAGCAGAAUUUAUAAAGAGUUGCUGUAGAGGAUGUUUCUAUGGUGAAACAGAAAAGGAUAACUUUUCUGUGGAAAGAGACUUUAAGGCAGCAGUCUCAAAUAGUCAAAGUACUACUGUCUGUAAACCUCCAUUGACUUCUGUUUCUGUAAAGCCUCAGGUUGGCUGUACAGAGGAUUAUUUGCUUUCCAAAUUACCAUCUGAUAGGAAACAAGUACCGUUCGUGGUGCCCAAGUUUAAGUUAUCUUAUAUUCAACCCAGGAUACAAGGAACUCCAUCACAUCUGGAAGAACUUGAAGGAUCUGCCAGAGCCUCUUUUGGAGACCGAAAGGUAGAACUUUCCUGUUCAUCCCAGCAUGGACCCAGCUAUGAUGUAUAUAACCCAUUGUACAUGUACCGGCACUUUUCACCUGAUUUGAGUCGGCGCUUUCCUCCUCUUUCAGAAGCAACGAGACCAUAUGGAUCAGUUUGUGAUUUAAGGACCAACAAACUUCCUGGUUCCCCUGGGCUAAGCAAAUCUAUGUUUGAUCUUACAAGUUUAUCUCAGCGAUUCAUCCAGAGACAUGAUUCAUUGUCCAGUGUACCCAGUAGUUCUUCUUCAAGGAAAAAUUCUCAGGGGAGUAACAGAAGCCUGGAUACAAUUACCCUAUCAGGAGAUGAAAGAGAUUUUGGGAGAUUGAAUGUGAAAUUGUUUUAUAAUUCUUCAGUAGAGCAGAUCUGGAUCACAGUUUUACAGUGCACAGAUUUAAGUUGGCCCUCUAUUUAUGGAGACACUCCUACUAUUUCUGUAAAAGGAACACUAACAUUGCCUAAACAAGUGCAUUUCAAGUCUUCAGCCAAGGAAGUUUCCAGCGCUAUCGAAUUUAUGGAAACUUUUGUGUUUGCUAUUAAGCUCCAAAGUCUACAAACUGUAAGGCUUAUAUUUAAGAUUCAAACCCAGACUCCCAGGAAGAAAACCAUUGGAGAAUGCUCACUAUCGCUCAGAACUCUUAGCACCCAAGAAAUGGAUUACUCUUUGGAUAUAACACCACCUUCAAAAAUUUCUGUUUGCCAUGCAGAGCUGGAACUGGGGACUUGUUUUCAAGCAGUAAAUAGCAGGAUUCAGUUACAAAUUCUUGAGGCACAAUACCUUCCAAGCUCAUCAACACCUCUGACUUUGAGUUUUUUUGUAAAGGCUGCAAUGUUUAGCUCAGGAGAGUUGAUUUAUAAGAAGAAGACACGCUUACUGAAGGCCUCUAGUGGAAGAGUUAAGUGGGGAGAGACUAUGAUUUUUCCACUUAUACAGAAUGAGAAAGAAAUUGUUUUUCUCAUUAAGCUUUACAGUCGAAGCUCUGUAAGAAGAAAACACUUUGUGGGCCAGAUUUGGAUAAGUGAAAACAGUAAUAACAUUGAAGCAGCGAACCAAUGGAAAGAGACAGUUACAAAUCCAGAAAAGGUUGUUAUCAAGUGGCACAAAUUAAAUCCAUCUUGAAGACAUCACACAUUAAUUUGGCAAAAGAACUUUACAUUCUUUUAGAAGAUUUAUGAUAUCAAUUUGCUACCAAUGAGAAGAGACAAAUCAGUACAUUUGUUUGUUUAAGGCUGCCGUAAUUAUAAUAUAUAGUGGAUCUGAGAGAAGACUAAAACGAUAAAAAAUGUAAUGAAUUUUAUCAGAUAUCCAAGUGACGGAAGUGUUUUAAACCAGCUCCAAAACAGACAAUGAAAUAAAAGUGUAGUAUUAUUAGGCAACCAAAUGAAUUAUAAUGUCUAUGAGAAUAUCAACCAUAGUUAGUUAUUUCUAUAUUAUGUUUUUGCUUGUGUUUUUAAACUUUACCUAGAUAUUAAAAUCUAGUAUAUCAAGUCUCUGUUAGUACUAUUAGACAUUUAGAAGACUUUACCACUAUUUCAGUGCUAGGUAUUAUUGAUUAGAUCUUGGCUCCACUGUUUACCUCUUGCUAUAUAUUUUCUCUCAGCAAAAACGAAUUGAACCAAUUCAACUAUUUUCUGUAUUUGGGGAAAGUUUGUGUCCUAUGUUUAUAAUUUCUUACCCAUAAGGCAUCACAUUGCCACUUUGUAAGUUAUUUAUAUCCAAGAAACUUCAGAAGUAGAAAACUACAUUUUGGAAAGAAUAAAUGAAAAUACCAGAAGGUUGAAGUUUAAUUGAUUACCCAGAAUAUAUACAUUUUGCUGUUUUCCUCCUUCCAAUAUUUUACUCUUUGUUUUAUUUGGAAUUGAAAUAAGAGUAUCAUCCAUAUGGUUCAUCCUAACUAGCAGAAUUAGAUGAGCUUAA